AUGAACUUCCUCGGCGGCUCUCUUCGCAGCGGUGGCGGCCACCGCAGGGAGAAAGGAUUCUCUGCCAAGAACAAGGUGCAGCAGUACCACGGCGACGGCAGCGAGUCGAUUGUCCUCGCGGGCCGCCCGUUUCGCGUCCUGCAGAAGAUCAGCGACGUGCCACCGCCCUACAUGGUAACCCGCCAGCGCUCCACGAAAUACGGCGAGGGCGGCAGCUCCUACGUGUACCUGGUGGAGAACACGAGCCACCUGCCCGAGUUUCCGCGGCAUCUGGCCCUGAAGCGGUCAUUCUUCGGGGUGGACCAGGUCAUGGAGGCGCACAAGGAGGUCGAAAUCGUCUCUCGCAUAGAGGACAAGAACAUUGUGUGCGUGUACCACAGCGAAAUCUCGCGCAGUGAGGGGCGCCUCGGCGUCAGCAUCGCGAUGGAAUACUGCUCCAACAACCUUUACCACCGCAUCCGCAGCAGCGCCGGCACCGGCAUCGUAACCCGGCUGACCGAGGCCGAGAUUUGUCAUGUCAUGUUCGCUGUGACGAGCGCUGUCGGGUACCUGCACGCGCAGCAGCCGCCCAUCACGCACCGCGACAUCCGCCCCGAGAACAUCCUCAUCAACAACAAGCACGCUGGCCCCACCGCGUACAAGCUGACAAACUUCGGCAACGCCACCACGGAGGCGUACCAGUGCGAAACCCGCGAGGAGGCGAACAUGGCGAUUGCAGAUAUUCAGAUGCACACAAACCCAGCCUUCCGCGCGCCGGAGAUGGCGGACCCGUGGAGCAAGAAGCGCAUCUGCGAGAAGACAGACAUGUGGUCCAUGGGCGUGCUGCUCUACUACAUGAUGUACAUGUCCCUCCCCUUCGACCCAAGCACCACCAUUGUCAAGGACUGGGCUCUCACGUUCCCCUCGGAAGCGACGGCUUCCUACACACCGUCGCUGCGGGUCAUAACCGAGCACCUGCUGGACCCUGACCCGUGCUCCCGCUGGGACGUCUUUGCGCUAAUCAACUACAUGCGCUUCGACGAGGACUGCAGCCGUCACCUCGGCACCUUCUGCUUCACCAAGACCGAGUGGCCGGAAGGGUGGGAGGAGCAGGACGUGAAGGUUCUGGGGCGCACCCCACCGCCGAAGGCACCGCCAGUCUCGUACAACGAGCCCGGCCACGAGCAACUGGACAGCCGCGGCCUCAGAGGCCAAGAACGCGUCCACGGCCACACCAACGGCCACCAACCCCCUGAUGACCGCGGAAACGGCAGAGAUAGCGCCGUCGUCGACGGCGCUGCGGUGCAGGAAGCAAUGAUAGUCCUCGGCGGCGACCCAGCGGACGACGACCCCGCGGUGGCAAAGUACCGUCAUCAGAUCAUCAUGGUGCAGCAGGAAGCGUGGAGGCGCGCCAAGGCGGCGGCCGGUCUCCGAGACUCCCCGCCAACGGAGCCUCAGGAGAGCAGCGCGGCGCCGGCACCCACCAGGGCGAACAACGAGGCCCAGAAGGACGUCUUUGACGACCUCUUUGCCAGUGCGUCCCCGACAGUGUUCCCAACCUCUCAGGCCUCGCCUGCCAUGGGCCCCUCAGCUCCGCCCGCAACUCAUCAGCCGCCGGAGAAGGACGUAUUCAGCGCCAGUGAUCUCUUCAGUACUUCGGCGCCGCAGCUAGACCCGUCGUACCCAGUGAUGAACACCUAUGGCCAAGCGCCACAGCAGAUGGCGAUGGGCGGCUGGGGUAGUGGAGCGCCUGUGAUGGGAAGUGGUGGGUAUCCAAUGCAACAGCCUCAGAACCAGCAGCAGGCCCCAUGGGGAUACGGUGUUAGCAACGCGAACAACUACGCUCCUCCUCUUCCUCCGCAGCAGCAGCAGCAGCAGCAGCUGCAGCCAUUCACGAACUUUCUGCCCCCUCUGUCGGGCCAGCAGCCGGGCCAGCAGCAGAGCCAGCAGCAGGAAACAAGCCAGCCACGCACGGCCCGGGCGACAGCCAAGAGGGACCCCUUCGCCGAUCUCUUCAACUAA